UGAACAAGAAUAGGCACUUUGUGUGCAUCUUGGCUUUAAUGAGUUGCCUUUUGAUUAAUCCAGCUGAGACAUUAGAGGUUGCAACAGCGGAUAUUGAACAAAUAAAGCCUGAAGAUAUGGGAAUAGAAAAGCAACAAAAUCUUGUUAAAGAUUCAAAAGUCAGCAUAAAUGCCUCAAUUUCAUCGAAAAUAAACCCUCUAAGUCCUCUAGAUGAAGAAGGUGUAGUGUCAUAUUGGCUGACAAUCAUCCUACCUUUCUUUUUGGUUUCAUCAAUAAAUGGGGUAUUUCUAAUAACAGCGAGUUCGAUCGAAUCCUACAAAUAUUUAUACUUACUCCCUUACUUGCUAACAAGUUUGGUUGUGAUUACAAUAGGUGCUGUCAUCAGCUAUGAAUUAUUACUGUUCCUGUUGAUUAUCUGAGAAAUAGUAACUCUAUUCAUACCAUGACCACCACGAGAAAACAUCCUUUCAGACUUCAUCCAGAUUCUCCAGAUCAACAGAGUAGAUCCUACAACGUUAGGAGAUUACAGCUUGUUCUCAGAGUCUGAAAGUGAAGAAGAGAUCUCCGAUCAAGAGAUCUCAUUUGCAUCAUGAAGUGAGAAAGCUCAUCUUUCAAUCUCAGAAUCGACAGAUGAGCUUAACACAGAAUGGAAGAGCUUACUUCUGCUAAAGAAGACCAUUAUGUUCUUCCUCUCAGACUGUGGUAGCCUAAGGAAUAUCAUACUAGUAAUCCUAGCUGUAUACUUCCAGUUCUCUUACAGUUUCCUUUGAUGAAUAGCUUCUUACACUAUGGCAAUGGCUACAUUAAAAUGGCUAAGCUAAUUAUUUGUAAACGAGCUGAUAGUAAGGAAUCACAAGAUCUCUGGAUUCAAAUAAAU